UGGUGUCUGUGUGGAAGCAGACUGGCAGGAGUGCACAAAAUAAACGAGAGGCGGGGUUUGACCUCCUUGCUCUGAAAACAUCUCAUCCAAUGUUUCAGGUGCCCGGAAAGAAACAGGACUCACUACCGCCGCUCACCAACAAAUAUUUAUGCUUACAGAAUUUAAGCACCAGUACAGCGAGUGCUAGGAGGAGGAUACGAGAAACGCACAUAUGAAAUAACAGGGAGAAUGGAAGAAGAGAAAGCCGAAUAAGAGAAAUAAAUCAUGCCAUGUUUCCAAAACUUGGUUUCUAUUCGAAAGGAUUCGCUUUGGGGGAUUCAGUACAUUGUUAAUCCUAGAUACUGCUUUAAAAAUCGUCUGUGAAAAUCUCCUGCAUUUUCACCCUGGAACUGCUCUUUCAGGCCAUGAGUUGAAGCGGCAGUUGUUGUUAGUACAAGUAAGUUAAAUCGAAGCAUUCUAGGUGGAUACGUGAAAAAUAGGUUUGGAAACGAGUCAUUUGGUCAUAUAAAGCCUUAGGAGGUCACACCCCUUAAGUGCUGGGGAAGGGAAGUUGAUUUCUUGUGGAAGAGAACACUGCAACCAAGUGUUUGGGAGGUCCAGCACCAGAAAAGUGGACUCCAGAUGAAUAGAACUGCAAUAUGUGAGCUUCCCUGUGGAUUCCUUAAUGUUUCGGUCUAAAGAGAGACAAUGAAACGUAUUGAUUGGCUACAUUGAGAGCAAAAGUUAACAAAGUGCUGCAUGGUUUUCCGCAUUAACACAUAAGGACUUUUUUUUUUUUUAUAACUUCAACGAGGAUGCUUAGCAACAAGAAAGCCCCCAAAAUAAUACAGCAAUGGUGUAGUACUCUUGGAUUACUGUGUACUCCACUCGAAGGGUUAGGUUUUGGUACAAGGGACAACUUCCCAUUGUUUUUUUAAUUAGUGGCUUUUAAUUUGAGCCACACCCAUAGACAUUUGCUGUAAUUACAUUGCUUGCCCAAGCAGCUUGAGGGAUCAGAGAUCUCCUGAUGUUCGGUAAGAAAGCUGCUGUAGGAAAAAUAUUUAUAUUGCUGAGAUUUUUACUUUGGAUUACCAGCUCCUUUGCUUACCUUAGACUUGCUUUGCUGAGUGACUCUUCUUCACAAAGUCUGACUUUAAUCAAAUGGCAUGGGUCAAGUUCUUCAAGAAGCCUGGUGGCAAUCUUGGAAAAACCUACCAGCCAGGGAGCAUGCUUUCCCUUGCCCCGACAAAAGGCUUGUUAAAUGAACCGGGACAGAACAGCUGCUUUCUCAACAGUGCUGUGCAGGUACUCUGGCAUCUCGAUAUUUUCAGAAGAAGUUUAAGACAGUUGCCUGGGCAUGUUUGUCUUGAUGAUGCCUGUAUUUUUUGUGCGUUAAAGAGUAUUUUUAUCCAGUUUCAACACAGCAGAGAACGAGCACUGCCUUCAGAUGUCUUGCGCAAUGCCCUAGCUGAAAGUUUCAAAGAUGAGCACAGAUUUCAGCUUGGGUUCAUGGACGACGCAGCAGAAUGCUUUGAGAAUAUUCUUGAGAGGAUUCAUUUUCACAUAGUGCCUGAAUGUGAAAAAGAUAUGUGCACUUCCAAGUCAUGUAUUACCCACCAGAAGUUUGCAAUGACUUUGUACGAACAGAGUGUGUGUCGCAGUUGUGGGGCAUCGUCUGACCCUCUGCCUUUUACAGAGUUUGUGCAUUAUGUAUCCACAACAGCUCUCUGCAAUCAAGUUGACAAAAUGAUGGAGAGAAAUGAACGCAUUAAGUCAGACAUGUUUGGAGAGUUGUUGCAGGCAGCAAGUACUGUUGGAGACCUUAGGAACUGUCCGAGUAACUGUGGGCAGAGGAUUAAAAUCCGACGUGUACUGAUGAACUGUCCAGAGAUUGUGACCAUUGGUUUCGUUUGGGACACAGAGAACUCUGAUCUCACUGAGGAGGUUAUUCGAUCUCUUGGGCCACAAAUAAAUCUCUCUGGGCUUUUCUACAGAGUCACAGAUGAGCAGGCGAAAAGGAGUGAACUGCACCUUGUUGGAAUGGUCUGCUACUCCAGUAAACACUACUGUGCCUUUGCUUAUCAUACAAAAUCUUCCAAGUGGGUCUUCUUUGAUGAUGCCACUGUUAAAGAAGUUGGAUCCAAAUGGAAAGAUGUGGUUACUAAAUGCAUACGAGGCCACUUCCAGCCACUUCUCCUUUUCUAUGCUAACCCUGAAGGAACUGCAGUAUCCACAGAGGAUGCACUCCAGCAGGCCACUUUGUGGUCUCAUUAUAAAUCUCUAAAUGGGGACCUUUCAGAUAUAACGGCUAAGAAGCUAGAUCGUCCCAAAGAAAAUGGAAUUGGGCCAUUUUCAAACCAAAGCAGCUUCAAACAGAAAUUGCAGCGUACUUCAAAUUCAGGAUUCAGCAGGGGGAAUGGACAAACAAAUGGUGGCCGAGUGCAAGUGAAAAUCAUCCCUGGUGAUCCUAAGAGUAAGUUCAGAGAAAUAUCCAAAGAAUGUGCACAGAAAGCAGGAGAGGUCAGAUCGCAGAAGAAGGAAUUUGAAAGAGGUCAGAGAAGACAGGACUCUGGUAGACACACAGAUAUGUUUCCAGACAGCAGGCCAUACUGUAAGUCUGCCUCACCACCUACAGAACAUGGAUUUAAACAGUAUAUAGAUCAGCGGUUAUACAGUAGCCAGGGAAAAGGGUCUUCCUGUCCGGCCCGAUCUUCACAUGAACCCAGGUUGCCUGUCAAUAGGGUACAGGUACUGCCAGGCCUCCCAGCCCACAGCAAGUCCCGGAAUGAGUUUACCAGUGGUUACGAUACAGACAGCAGCCAGGAGUCUAGAGAGAGGAGCACUGGGAGCCGGAGCAAGAGCAGAGCCUGGAAGCCCAUACGAGAAACUCUCAAUGUCGACAGUAUUUUCAGUGUGACUGAAAAACGGCAGCACAGCCCAAGACGCAAGCUCCCGAAUGAAAGUGAGAGCACUCAGUACAGCAGAGACCACCUCUUUAACCACUGGCCGAAGGAGGAACGGAAGCAGAAGAGUCUAAUGACCAUCUACGAGGAUGAGCUGAAACAGGAAACAGGAAGCAGGAGCUCGCUGGAAUCUGAAGGCAAAGGAAACGCUGACAAAGAAAAAACGAAGGGUGGGGUGAACCUUAAGAUCCGCACUGACAGCUGCCAGAUGCAGAGGACUGAAUCUGGGUAUGAGAGCAGCGACAGACUAAGUAAUGGCUCCACUAACCUUGACUCCCCUGUUGUAGAAAAUUUGAUUUCUAAGGAGCUGAAAUGUAUUCCAGAGGCUGAGCAUUCCAGGGACCAACUCCAGCCAGUGAGUGCUGAUUUUAAGACUGACAACAUGCAUUCCUGUUUUUCUUAUGGUGCUUCGGAGAAGGAUUCUCAAGAUAUACACGUGCAGAAACCUAGUCCUUGCUCACAAAGAAGACAUGCAUUCAGAAAGAGUUCUGAACAUACAGGAAGGACCUUUUUGUCUGAUGUAGAUCCAGUGUUCUUGGAACAAAUAAAACCAGAAGGGGAACAUGAUGGAAGUUAUAAAUAUAGAAACACCUCACACCUGCAGUAUGGAGAGAAAACAAGCAGCACAGAUUGGAACAGUGCAGAUGUGCCGUCAGACUCUGAGUACACAGGUAGUGAUAAAAAUGAAACUGCAAGUCCUACUUUGCCACUGAAGUCUGCUGUGACUUCUUCACUAGCUUCUGGACAUCCCCAGCAUAAGGACAUAAGGACUGCUGUGCCUAGAACUGACGCUACAUAUACAGUCAGCAGUGUGCCUAGGAGCCACGCAAAGUUCGGUCCUGUUCAGAUACAUGGACAAAUUGCCACUUACGGUUUACAUAAGAAUGAGAACUAUGAUGUGUCACAAUCCCUCUAUCAGAAUGUUGGGCCAUCACUGUCUCCAAAGAAAUAUGCACAAAAAACAUGGUUGCAUUGUGAAGAUAACAGGUCAGCAUUCAAUACAAGACCAUCAUCAGUGGACCCUUUAGGAAGUAAUCCUCAUGACACGUCCACAAUUUUAAGAACACCUCCGCAGAAAUAUAAGUUUAAAGAUAGCCACCAAUUAAACCACAAACGGUCUGAGGUGGCUGUACAACCGAAACAGUGUAAAUCCGGUCAGGAGAGGUUGGAUUUGUCUGAAAAUGUCACCGACAACAAACCAAAACCUACUACCAAUUCUAAGGGAUCAAAUGAAGGUGUUCUGCUGACUACAUAUUUUUCUGUAGACAGCUGUAUGACGGACACUUACAGGAUAAAAUACCAUCAUCAGAGGUCCCCGCUGUACAUGAAAGAUGGCAGUGCCCGGGCCGGAGGAGAACAAACCUCUUCUAGUGAGAGUGAAUUAGGAGAUGUGAGCCACCCAGAUCCUCACGAGCACCAUCAAACAGGUUAUGCAAUGAACAAACCAACUGUAAGGUGGAAUCCAGUGACUCCCAGAGGAAUUAAUGAAAAGGGCUAUUUCUGAAGAGGAGUGGACUUUUUAAGCUGUCCAUGUAAAAG